AUUCAUACUCUUCCAACUGGGAGGCUUUUUGUACACACCACCCUCUGCCUCUGCUUCGCCUCAUUACUCGCCCCUCCACACCAGUGAAGAGUUUGAUCGGGCGACCGGUGCCCUCUCUCAAUCUCGGACUGGCAGUUUGUUUCGGUUGUGCAUGCAGGGCGCGUAGCUUCCCAAGGCAGGUCUCGUCGAUCUGGGCCGGUAACAGAAAACAAGAAAAAAAGGGGGGGUUUUGCAAACAUGGUCCACCUUCUCAACUCCUACGUCGACAAGCGCGUCGUGAUAAUGACGACGGACGGCCGCAUGUUGAUAGGCACGCUCAUCAACUCGGAUAACCAGGCCAACAUUAUCCUCUACAACGUUACAGAGCGCCACAUUGCACCGGCAGAUGGCGAUGAAGACUCUGUCGACCGGCCGUCGGUAGGCACCGAGAUCAUCCGCGGAUCGACGAUACUGGUGGUUGGACUGGUGGACGAGGAGCUGGAGGGGUCCAUCGAUUGGACAAAGGUCAGGGGAGAGCCCAUUGGGGAUACAUAUAAUGCGUGAAAGAAACGCCCCAGGGGGGGUUUGCGUUGUUUCGCGAAUGUGAAAAAGGGGCUAGCUCAAAGGCGGUAAAACAAAACGAGACGAGAAGAAAAAAGAAAAAAAAAAAACAGAAACCGGAUUUUUAUGUCGAUAAGUGGGCAGCCGCAACGACUUGGGAGUCUAGUCGCAGUCAAAAAGGCUGCGCGGAUCAUGAAUGGACUGGCCUGGUUGGGAGGACUACUUCGUCGGGGGUUCUCUUCCAUCUUUGUUUGGUCACAUAUUUCUUUCUACAUUGUGUUUUCAAAAAAAUUGAUACCCCCAUUCCGCGAAAAAAAAAAAAAAAAAAACAUCAGUCGGGAAAAAAGAAAUAUGCUUCCGUGGCCUAUAUCA